GUAUUGAGCUCUCGAUAUAACCAAGCAAAUAUAGUCGAACACGAGCAGCCUAAGGGUGUUUCCCACACUAGAGAAAUCAUCACAGGCCAAAAAGGCAGAACAGCCGUGUGCACGUACAUUAGAUAUGGACAUAGACAACCGAUCCCUCCAGGAGAGAAUAAAAGAAAUAUCACACAGCUUGUCUGCACAAAGGUUUGAGAAUCAUGCCACCAGUGUUCAACGCGUGGCAUUUAGACAUUCUCUUGACCGAGCAUCCUGCUUUCACCCGCAUCCAGUCUUCUGACAGUACAUACAUGGAUCUAAAGGACUGGCAUAGUCUUGUGUUUAGCGCAGUGAAUGCGGAUAAACAGUCUAAAGAUGGACUCAGAGUACCCAAGCCAAGUGAUGAAGACUUCAAGUCUGUAUGUAGACCGUUGGCAUCCUCGACUAAGGGACGGAGAGUAAAAUGCCAGCCUUCACAUGUUUUUACACUCUUAACAGAAGCACUCGGCGUUAUGAACAUAGCAGAGUGGGUAAAGGAACCGGUAGACGCACAUUCAUCUCCGUCUUUUGAUCUGCCUGCCACAAGACGAUCCUUUAAGAGGCCGAAUGUUCCAAUGACAAUGAAGGCAGAGACCAGGCGUCUCUGGGACACGGGAAGAAUAUACCCUGAUCUUUUCUUGCAGGUUGGCAAUCGUCCGUUCUAGUCGACUUGAAACCACAAUAGUGACGCUGAGGCUUCUAAGACACAUAGCGUUUCUUCAUGCCACAAACUGGACAGAAGUAUCAAACUCAGCCUUGCACGACUUACACUAUGGUGAGAUUGAUAGAUAGGUUGCUUCUUCUUGGAAGAAGAGGCUUUCCAAGAAUGAGAGUGGAACUUGCAAUGAAACAUAAUACCGAGCAUUAAAAAGUGGCGAUGAUGGUAUCGAUAUAGUGUGCCCUUUGGCUCUUCA